AUGCGAAAGCUUGCAUCUACUGGAAUUGCUGCUGCUGAAAUUGAUGGUAUGAUAUUUCACUCAUUUCUUGGUGAACAACGUAAUUCACGAAAACCACGCACCAUCAAACCAGGUGAUUCAAAACUUGAGAAAGCAUGGAGACUUGUUGAAUAUCUCAUAAUAGAUGAGAUGAGUAUGGUUGGUUUAACUUUACUUGCAAAACUCAACCGGAUUAUUUCUGCUGCCAAACAUGUCGAUCCUCGAAUUCCAUUUGGUGGUGUGAAUGUUAUCAUUUUCGGUGACUAUUUACAAUAUCGGCCUGUAUAUGAUGUACCGUUACACACCGAUUUUUCAUUGUCUUCGAGAAAAAAGUCAAGUAAAUUACUUACAGAAAAAGAAAUCCAACAACGUGUUGCACGUUCCCUAAUUCUUCAAAUUAAUUGUGUGAUGAAACUUACUCAACAGAUGCGAACAGAAGAUUUGCAAUACCUUCAGCUGCUCGAGCGACUUCGUCAAGGGCAAUGCACUUACAAUGAUUACGAAUUAUUACUGACACGUGACGCUGGACGACCAUCGGUCGGAUCUCUAAAAGAACAUCCGUGGAAUAAAGCUCCUAUUCUUGUAUUUCGGAAUGAAGUACGAACACAACUGAACUACAAAGCAGCGGUUCAUAAUGGAAAACAACUGAAUCAUUCACUAAUGGUAUGUGUUGCUCAAGAUACUUGCAAAGGAACAACAAUUGAAGACCAAACACUCAUUAAAAAAUUAUUGGAAUUACCUGAUAGCAAGACAGAGCAUCUGGCAGGUUUAUUACCAUUUAUUCCUGGAAUGCCUGUUGUUUUAACACAAAACAUUGCUAUUGAACUGGGCCUUAUCAACGGCAUGAGUGGAAUCUUUCGACAAUUAGUCUAUGACGCUGAUUCUGUCUCAACAGAUAUGUUGUCAGAAGCAUUUCCGAACAAUACGGAAUACGUACAUCGACCUUUAUAUGCACUAAUAAAAAUUACUAGAUCAAAAAUUGAAUGUAAUCUGGAACAACUCGAACCAAAUCUCGUUCCAAUACCGUUAAUAGAACAAACUUUUCGUGUUGACAUUACUGACAUUCUUCCAAAAGAUAAGCGGCAAUGCAAGCGUAAAGCAAUUUUGUCAAUUAAACGAUGUGCAAUGCCACUUGUUCCUGCGUAUUGUAUCACAACACAUAAGAGUCAAGGUCAAAC